AUGACGUCUUCUACUGGCUCUGGGUGGACACAGCUCCGGCAACAAGCCCGGUCUCUCGAGACUCAGACUGAGAACCUCUUCCACACCUACUCACAAUUUGCAUCUAUCACCAAGCCCCCACAGACACCCACCGAGGAAGAGCUGCGCCUCGAAUCGCAAUUGAAAGACCUCCUCGAAAGACGUGAAUCUCUCAUCGCCCAACUAUCUCGACUUCUUGACUCAGAAGCCACCCUCACAUCCUCCGCCCUGAAACAGAACAACGUCUCCCGCCAUCGCGAAGUACUCCAAGACCACCGCCGUGAGCUUGCACGACUAACCUCCGCCAUCGCCGAAUCGCGCGAUCGCGCAAAUCUCCUCUCGAAUGUCCGCUCAGACAUUGACUCCUACCGCGCAUCCAACCCCGCCGCCGCCGAGGCCGAGUACAUGCUCGAGGAGCGGGGGCGAGUCGAGAACAGCCACAACAUGAUGGACGGAGUGUUGAGCCAGGCGUAUGCUAUCAACGAGAACUUCGGUGUCCAGCGUGAGACCAUUGCCAACAUCAACCGGCGUAUUGUCGGCGCUGCCAGUAAUGUUCCCGGCAUGAAUUAUCUCAUUGGAAAGAUUGGAAACAAGAAGAGGCGGGAUGCUAUCAUCCUUGGAUGCUUUAUCGGAUUCUGUUUCUUGAUGUUACUGUUCUUCCGGUGA